GCCAAACAGCAGCAGUAGACAGAAGCUUAAGGUGAGCUGAAUACCUGGCACCGGGUCAACCACCGCAGAAACGCGCCUUCCGCGGCCGGACAUCGACGCUCUCGAGCCGGCUGCGACGCUGCAGAGAGGCCGCUGAAGCACUGGCGCUCGGAAAGAAGGUAGAAAGAUAUAGCAAUAAAGGAGGUCCGGGUGCGGAGGACGAGGCGCUGCAGGUGGUUCUCCCCGCGGAAGAGGAAGGGAAGGGGCAUUCCUGACAGUCCGAAUGAAUCCGGAGUGAUGCAUUGGAAGUGAACAUGAAGGACAUCGGAGAGUCGAAGGAGCACCAACUGACUGUGGCCUUAAGGAUUCGGCCCCUCAGCGAUGGCGAGCAGGAGGAGGUGGCGACGAUCGUGGCCCACCGUCUUGAUGAGCAGAUGGUAAUUCUGAUGGACCCCAUGGAGGAUCCCGAUGACGUCUUGCGGGCCAACCGCUCCAGGGAAAAGACCUACAUGUUUGACGUGGCCUUCGAUUACUCGGCCAGUCAGGAGGAGGUGUACCGUGCCACCACCAAAGGCCUGAUUGAGGGCCUCAUAUCAGGCUACAAUGCCACUGUAUUUGCCUAUGGACCCACAGGUUGUGGUAAAACGUACACCAUGUUGGGUACCGACAAGGAGCCCGGAAUCUACGUCCGCACCCUCAACGACCUCUUCCGGGCCAUCGAGGAAACCAGCGAUGACAUGAUGUACAGCGUCUCCAUGUCCUAUCUAGAGAUCUACAACGAGAUGAUCCGAGACCUGCUUAACCCAUCUUCAGGUUUUUUGGAUCUCAGAGAGGAUGCCAAAGGAGAGAUUCAGGUGGCGGGCAUCACUGAAGUGUCCACCAUUAAUGCUCAAGAGAUCAUGGAGUUGCUGAUGAAGGGCAAUAAGCAGCGCACGCAGGAGCCCACGGCUGCCAACCAGACAUCGUCGCGCUCUCACGCUGUGCUGCAAGUAGCCGUCAAGCAGCAGAGUCGCUGCCGGGACGUCUUGCAGGAGGUCCGCUUUGCCCGCCUUUUCAUGAUCGACCUAGCAGGCUCUGAGCGAGCAGCACAGACCCAAAAUCGGGGUCAAAGGUUAAAAGAGGGCGCUCAUAUAAACCGCUCCCUCUUGGCACUGGGCAACUGCAUUAACGCGCUGAGUGAUAAGAACGGCAACAAAUACAUCAACUAUCGAGACAGCAAGCUGACCCGACUGCUCAAGGACUCUUUGGGUGGGAACAGCCGAACUGUCAUGAUCGCUCACAUCAGUCCCGCUUCCGUGGCUUUUGAGGAGUCCCGCAACACGUUGACAUACGCCGACCGUGCCAAAAGUAUUCGCACACGGGUAAAGAAGAAUCUUAUCAAUGUGUCCUACCACAUUGCUCAGUACACCAACAUCAUCUCGGAUCUUCGCUGCGAGAUCGAGCGGCUCAAAAAGAAGAUUGCCGAUCAGGCAAGCCGCCAGCUCGCCCCCGACCGAGCUGAUAUCCGCCAAGUCCAGGCUGAGGUACAGGCGCAUUCCUGUCAGCAAAGUCGAGCUGAGAUGGACCAGCUGAGGGAGCAGCUUCUGGACGCUUUCCGCCAGCAGAUGGAUAUCCGCAGAAACCUGAUGGAACUGGAGAUCAGCAACACAGAGAUCCAGAUGGAUACCUCCAAGCAGCUCCUCACCAUCGCAGACUGGGAACAGGAACGAAGCAGGCGACGUCGGAAGUGGCGAGCAGAGAAACGAAAGGAAACUACUACCAAGGAUGAUAGCGAUAAGGACUCUGAUUCACCAGAGUCACCGCCGGAUGUAACUGAGACGGAGGAGGUGGCCAUGGCCAGAGAGAACCUAAUGGCCCUCAUGAUAGAACAGAAGAAGCUGCAUAAACAGAAGGCACUGCUGGAGCGCCGGUUCCUAGAACUCCGCGACCAGGCUCGGCAACUGGAGGAGCUACUACCGCGGCGAGUGAGCUCAGAUGAGCAGCGCGAGAUCCUUGCUCUACUGUGCAAGGUCCACGAGCUGGAGAUUGAGAACACCGAGAUGCAGUCGCACGCUUUGUUGAAAGACAACGUGAUCCGCCAGAAGAACUUCGUGGUCCGACGAUUUGAGAUGCACCGGCACCUUUGCGACGACCUCAUCCAACAGCAGAGGCAGUUCAUUGACGAGCACAGUCUACUAGUGCCACCCCACCUACAGGAGCUAUACGAUAUGUACACCAGAGAACGGGAUGAAAGGAAACUGGACCGAGCUGUGGCUCUGGAUAAGGUGACCACCUACCACACCAUUAAGGGGGGCUCUCCACCCAAGAUCGGGCUGCCUGCUCAAGAUGGAGACACCAUACAGGACAGGGACUGGGAACAAGAGAGAGUACGCCCCAAGGAAAGACGAGGACAUACUAAACUGCGCCGCCACACAUUGCCGCCCAUUCUCCCUGAACCUGAACAGGACAGUGACAGAUUUUUCAAGAAUAUCGCUCAUGCACGCCACAUGAAAAUAUCAUCUGUAAUGACCCCUCCACCUAUCCACAUCAACGGAAAGAGCAACAGAGAGCUGCAGCCUGUAGCUCCACUGAGCUCACUAAGCUACAAUCACCUCAGCCACAGCGUCAGCAGCCAGCUUGAUUCUUCACCCGAGAGCAGUGAGGCUGGGGCUGACGCCCCGCUUUCACGAAAUGAGAAGCAACAGCUUUUGAAAGGUAUCCAGAAUAUUGCGGUGAAGGCGGCACGGCGGCGCUCCAAAGCACGGGAACUGGAAUCAUUGUAUUUACCGCCCGCCCCUUCGCCUUUGGAGCCCGCCAAGCAAAAGAGAGGUCUGCCGUUACGGCAUGGAAGACAGCCCAGCCCCGAACUCCGGCACGCCACCUCAGACGACAAUUUGUCCAGCAGCACAGGCGAGGGGCCUGGCCUACAAGCUACCUGGACGCGGAACCACAAGCUCACCGGAAAGAACCAAACUCACAGAGAGGCUGACUUUGAAGCACGCCGCAAGAAGAGGCGCUCGCGCUCUUUUGAGGUCAACGGACAAGCACUACCUCAUUCCAAAAUGAGCACGGCCGCAAGGCUCCGCCCCUUGGACAGCACGUCCGAGGCACACCUUCACAUCAGUGGCCAGUCCCAGAUCCCUGCGCUCCGUUCCCAAUUCAGAGGAGUCCCGCCUCUUGCCAAAGUCAGGGUACCAAUCAGCAGCCAGCAAGCAGGCCCAAUCGCAGAUACCCACACUGCCCAGGCACACAACCUGAAGCGUAUUCCCUUCCUGCGACAGCCCCAACCGCCAGUCUACAUCACCGCCCCUGGCACAAUGGGGGUCCAGCAGCGACAACGGCGACACUGAGCGCCUGACUUGAAAAAAGACGAGACACCACCAAGAAUUUCGGAUGAUGACCGACUGAUGACUUCAUCACACUGCAAACGCCAAAGAUUGUUAUGAGUCCAAUUUGUGUCUGGUUGUCGUCACUAUGUAAAAAAAAAAUUGUUAUGCGCUUCUUUUUGUUACAACUGCAGGGCUUUUCACAACAUUAUUCCAAUGAGUUCCUACCACCAUAAAAAGCUUGUCCAGAUAAGUUAAUUUGUCGAUCAUAGGGCACAUAGAAAAAGCCCUUCAAUCAACCUAAACAUGCAUAUUUUUGUGAAAUUGGAGUACAGGACUGUGAGGCAUAUGUGCUAGCCAAUAGCUCACCAUGCUGCCUCGUUUUUUGUUUUUCAUUUAUUUAUUAAAUUUGUUUUAAUUCUUUAACAGUUGCCUUGCUGUUGUUGGCGCUGCUGUGGUUUCAAUCAUUUCAAUUUUCUGUGCUUUACUUUGUUUUUUUUGUUUUUUUUAUGGUUACCAACUUACAAAAAAAUAAAAUUUCAAACACUUAAUGUGCCACUUUAUUUAAUGCGCAUGAUUUAGCUUUAAAGUCAGGGUCGUGCAGAGAGCGAUGGAGGGACAGGUACCAAUGAUAAGGGGCACAUGAACAAGAAU